UUUUCACCAUCAAAUUAAAAAAAUUUCGUUUUUAGUUUCGUUAAUUAUUUUUCUAAAAUAGACGUUUUUAGAUCCAAUUUUUUUGAUUUGUGACGGACGCACAUGACUGUUAAUAAAAUUUUUAGUUUUAUAUAUUGAUUUUUCAACUUAACGGAAUCGUAAUUUUUUCAACGAAACAUUGAAUUUGAAUUGAAUCAUUGAAACAAUCAAAACAAAAGAGAAAUAAAAACAAAUGGACCAGCCGGUACUCACUUACACGUGUGACAUCUGUGGGCAAGAAAAUAUUUCAUCCGGCGACAUGCCAGUGCACAUUUCAAUCAACCAUCUAGAUGACGUGCAAUGCGUUUUUUGCAGCCACGUGUGCAAAACUGUGGAGCAGCUGCAAUGGCAUAUUGACCGAGUUCAUCCGGAUAAUAAUUACGAUGGGAAAGUCGGCAACUGUUGUUACGGUGGGGAAGCUUUCAGUGAUGGUCUAGAUUUUGGGGUGGAAGAAUUUUGUACUCCUAGAGAGAGUCGUGGAGGAAAGAGAAAUAUUUCAAAUAGCAGUAAUGAUACAAAUCACUUUGAUAAACAGAAAGCAAAGCAGCAGAGAUCUGAUGAAUCUAAAAAGAAAAAUGAUGUUGAGCAGCAACUGCAAGAUUACCAAUUAAAUAAACAUUUGAAUUUCCUGCAACAACAAAACAACAACACUCCACUGUUGAAAAUCAACUGCCCCAUAUGUGGCUACGAACCGAGGAAUGAUGAAGACGAACUCUCAUUACAGGUCCACGUCAACAAUCAUUUUGAUUCAUCGACCCACAUGAUCAAUGAUGACGAAGAUGAUGCAGUGCAACAAUCACAACAACAUCUGCCCCAACAGCAUAAUCGGCCACGAAAACAACAACAUCAUCGACAACACCAACUUCAUUGGGGGGUCCAACUGCCUAACUUCCUAACAUCAGCCAGCAGUGUAAAUAAUGAAAGUAUUCCUGAAAAGUUUAAAGAUGAUCUCAAGAGUUGCACUCCAAAUGUGAUCAGCAAAAUAUUACAAGUCCUUGGUUUAUCAUGGUCGUCGACAUCCUCAUCAUCAGCAGCUGCAGCAAAAUCACCAUCAUCAUCAUUUUCCUCAUUAAAACUCUGUGCCGAUCUUUCUCAUUUCUCAACACAGCAAAUGCCUGACCAAGGAUAUGGUUGUGGUUACAGGAAUUUACAGAUGAUCCUAUCGUGCCUGGCGAACAACCAGCACUUUCAGCAAGUAAUCUUCCAAGGAACACCAAUCAUCCCAUCAAUCCAUCGGUUGCAAAUGUUACUUGAGACCAGUUGGCGAGAAGGUUUCGACAAAGAAGGUGGCCGGCAGCUGAGUAAUUCGGUCCUGAGCACGAGGAAAUGGAUCGGAGCCACUGAUAUUGUUGCUCUAUUGUCCUUUCUUAAGAUUAGGUGUCAGUUAUACGAUUUCUCCAGACCUGUCCCCCCACCAUCAUCGAUCAAGCAUCCAGACUUGAUCAAACUAGUUUACGAUUACUACUACAACAGCACUAAUAAUAGAAAUAAGAAUGAUCUGAAUGAUGGCUGUUGUAAUAUGAAACCACCGUUAUACAUCCAGCACCAGGGACAUAGCAGGCUUGUGAUUGGCUGCAUCAAAAAAGUCGACUGCAGCAACAAAGGCAACAAAAAAAUCGACGGCUUCUUCCAAAACGGCGUAAACGCAGCCACUACUACAACUGCUGCAGCUACUGCUGCAGCUACUUCUAAUACCGCAGCAACUAGCAAAAAUAGUAGCAGCGGUAGUAGCAAUUUCAAAUGCGAAGAUUACAACUUACUAAUAUUAGACCCAGGCUUGCCCAAGUAUAAAUUAGAUCAAGUAUUUAAAGUAAUGAGGCGAGAGGGAGGUGGUUCAAAUGCAAGCGACGCCGAAAAGUGUUUAAAAUUAUUUAUCAAGGGACCUGAAUCUUUCAGUGAUCGGCAGUACCAGGUCGCCAGGGUCAUGGGUCUGUUUGAAAGUGAAGAGAUGUGGAUGGCCAGCAAAAAGCUUACAUCAAUAAAGAUGUCUUGAAAUGUAUUGUAAUGUAGCCUUCCAGAAGUUAACAUCAUUCUUGAAUUCCAAGGAAAAAUUCUGUAUCUCUCUCUCUCUCUAUAUAUAUAUAUAUAUAUGUCUGAUUUUCACCAAUAAUUAUAUAUAUAUAUAUAUUGGAUUAAGACUGUCAAUAAUAGAAUAAACAUAUAUAUAUACACACAAUAUAUAUAUAUAUAUAUAGACACAUCAAUCCAUUAUAAUUGUUUCAUUUUCUCAUCAUUUAUAACAUAAGUUAUCUUCUUGUUUACUGCUACAAUCGCUUCAUCAGUAUUAAUUUAUUACCAUCAAUGCACUUUAUGAAUGUCAUUGUCUUUCUCUCUCUCUCUCUCUACCCCUUUCUCACACAUAUAUGUAUGUUUGUGUAUGUGUGUUAGCACCAUUUGACACAUGUUUAAAAUAAAUUAUAAUGUAAAUAUUGUUGGUUUUAUGUCUACGAAAGAUGAAUAGGUCACCUCUUUAAACUUUCAUUGAAAUAUGCAUUGUAAAACAGCGUUUUUCGUUCGUUUAUUUACAUGGCAAUAAGUUAUUUGCUACAAAUCUUAUAUAUGCAGUUCAAAGGAUGAUUAAAUAUUAAUGAUAAUAAUAUUGAUGGUGAGCAAUAUGAGAAGCCUUUGUUGGUGAGAGCUGGUUUGUUGACUGGUUGGUUGAAAAGGUGAUGGCGAUGAUCAGCAGAUGGGCGAAGACGAAUGAGUUUGUAAUCUGAUAAGGGGGUUGGCAUGUGUCGAGUAUUUUAUAUCUGGUGACAGUACGUAUAAAACAAUCAAUGGGACGACGGAAGAACUGUUUGAGACACCGAGUGGAAAGAGGGCUUAUAAUCAAAAGAUACAAAAGAUUUACAACCGGUCGUAAAUCGAAGAAAGAUAUGUAAGAGCAACAAAAAAUUUAAAUAAGAAGGGAUUAUGCACAUCUGGGGCACGCCGCACAUCUCUAGUAAAAAAAAUGGCAAAAUGACGUCACGAACAGGCAGCAGGCGUGUUGUAGAUGAUGACGUAAGUGCAGACCUCAUCCUCUUCCAGUGAAACCACCGCGUCUGUCACGUGACAUUGGAAUUUUAUGGCUUUCCUCUGCCUUCUAUUUGGACAUCCCUGGUUAUCGCCGCCCCCCACCAUCAUCACGUACUCAUCAUCGUCACCACCACCAUCUCUUUUCACCCAUUUCAUGACGUCAUCAUCAUCAUCACCGCCAUGUUUUAUUCUCUCCUUCAUUAUUUUACCCUUAUAUGUCAACCAGCUUGCAUAGCGACCUAUAUAAACAGUACCAGCGCCUUUGAUACUCCUCUGCUGAAUAGGGCCAAAGACGCAAAUACUAUAAACGUACGACAUCUUCCUUAUUUGAGGGCAUUCAUCUUUUUUCAAUUUGUAAAACUCCCCAUUCGAUCCGUACAACUGAAUUGGGGAGAAUAUGAAACUAGUCAGAAUUGUAAUUUUAAAAAACUGACUAAUCAGGCAUGCGUGGAACAAGUAAAGGAGGAACUACAGAUUGGACGUAUAUGAGACUAGUGAAAAUCAAAAAAUUAGGAAAUGUCCACAAAGGAGGUCAC